AUGCAACACGAUAUUGUCGGCGAUGACGAGGAGGAGGCCCAAGAGCAGAAGUGGGCACAGAUCAAAGACUUAAUUGACUCAGGGGAACUUGCCCGCUUGAAACGAAGUCGCCAGAUGACCGAGAAGUACCAUGAGCACAAGAGAAAGACUGCUGGUCUGGACAUCAACCAAUACGUUCUGCAAAAGCUGGGCUGGUCGCCAUACAAAUCUCAGCACGAAGAUGCUCCCUCGAAGGCAUUCAGUGCGCGCACUCUAUAUGCCGUACGCGCCAACGACUUCCCGUACAGCUUCGAGCCGGGCGUGGUGCAUCUUGUUCUUUGGUCUAAAAUUGCCCUACCAGUGCACUCCCCAGAUAAGACCGUGCGCAAUGCGGCUCGGGAACGCAUGAAUGCGUUCCUACAGGCACAACCAUUCCUGCGGCCACUUGUUAGCUUGGGUCACGUGGCCUGGUUUGUCAACUACCCGGAAUUACAAAGUGUUGCCCGGAUAUUCCACGCGCACGUGCUGCUGUAUUUUCCACGGAACCUUUACUCCGCGGAACAGAUGCAAGUCGCUGUUGACGAUAUCCUCUCACACGGCUUUGAACCGCUUGCCUAG